AUGGGAACACAGGGGAGCCUUUCUUCACCUUCCUCCACAAUUUACGAUUCCACAUGCAUAUCCAAGGAGAGUACGGAGGAGAGGGAUGAUACCCCCCCUUCCUCUGAGUAUAAAAGAAGUGAUAAGAAUUGGUUUGCAGUUGAAAAUAUAAAACUCCGAAAUAAAAUAAAACAUUUAAAGGGAAAAUGCGAAAAAAUCAGAAGGGCCCUGAAUGUCAAGUGCGAACUUCUCAAAAAUAGACAAGAAACACAGCCGAACAAAAACUUCUACAUAGAACUAGAUAAAAUACUGAGUAAAAGGAAAAAAGGAAAAAAAUUUAAAAACACUUACAUUCAAACGGAUAUAAACUUUCUAAACCCCUUUUUAAAAACAUGGGGAUGUUACUUUGAAGACUAUGAUAUUAAAAAAAUUUCAAGUGAUGGAGAAGUUGAAAAUUUAAGAAGAAAAAGAUUUCAGAAAAGUAUAAGUGAAAUUCGAUAUGAUAAAAAUAUUCAAAUAAAACGCAACGAUUUAAAUGAAGAAGGUAAAUGUGAAAAAAAAAAAAAUAAACAAAAUUUUAGUUCGUACAUUGAUAGAAAAUACUCCAUUAUUAGUAAAAAUUCAAAUUCGCUUAAAAUUCCUCAGCAUAUUAUAUACAAAAAAAAUAAUUUAAAAUAUAGCUUAUAUACCGAUGAUGAAAUCAUUUUCAUAAAAGAAAUAACGGAGGAUGUUCCUAGGAAGGGAAAGCAUGAGGACCACCACCAGGAAGAGCAGGAUAUGCAGGAAGACGUGCAAAUACCUCUUGAAAGUGAUCCAUUCGCUAGAACUAGCAGCUUACAAGUAAAGGGAGAUUAUAAAUGUAACGGGGAAGGUGCCAUCGGCCAAAAUGAUACGCAGAAAGUCGUCAUUCAGCUAAGUGAUAACCGACAAAGGGGUUAUCCUUUGCUUGAUAGGGGAUACGUUAUCUCAGGGCAUGGACUACCGGGAGAAAAUUUAAAAAAGAUGCGAAGGACCUAUGAUGAAAAUAAAUAUAAAUCUUACAGCAUGCACAAAAGCAAUAACAUACAUAUACACGAUGAUAAGAAGUCAUAUAGUAGUAAAAUAGAGGAGGGGUAUGCCGGGAACACCUGCGAAAUGGAAGUAGCACCUAGUGAGGAAGAUAACAAUGAUUUCACAUUGAGGAAAGAGAAAUUUUCUCUUAAUUUUUUUGACACAAGUGCUAUUUCGAAAAACGACUGUGGUGUACUUGCGAAUGAAAUAGAUAGCAAACUACAGGGUACUGGAAAAAAAAAAAAAAAAAAAAAUUGUACAUCUUCAGAUGAACAAAGUAUUCAUGGUAAAGUGGUAAGCAACGAAGAGAUGAAGGUACAGCAGAAGAGGGGGAAUCCAAAUGAAGGUGAUGCAAUCCAUGUUAAAUGCAGAAGAAAUAAACUCUUUUUCAAAAACAACAGUAUUCAUCAUAAUGAAAAUGAUAACAUAAUAAACCAAUAUAUGUAUCAUUAUGAAAAGCCAAUAGGAAAAAGUUGGAGUUGGUCUAAUUUUGCAGAAAUAGAUAUAAAUAAACAAAACAAAGAAGACUUUCGUUCUACCGAAAAAAAUGCUAAUGAAAGAAGGAUAAUAAGAGAUGAUACAAAUAAGAAUAACAAUAUGAAUAUUAUUUAUUGCAGUUCUUUUGAAAGUAAAAAAAGAAACAGUAUUUCGAAUACCAUUCAACAUGUAUUUGUAACAAAUAGUGGAAGUAGUGGUAGUCUAUUCAACAAAAGUGUAAGGAGCAAUUUGAGAAACGAAACUCUGUUCAAAGGGGAAGUCACACAUUGUGAUAAUGGAUAUACACAAAAUGGAAAGACAUGUUUUAACCUAACUUCAAAAAGUGAAGAGGAAAAUUAUGAAAAGAUAUCACUACUAUCAAAUCAUUUUAGUAAUAUCGGAACGUGGUGUUGUCAAAAGAACUCUGACAAAAUGGCAUAUUCUUCAUAUUUUAUGGAGAAUAGAAAAAUGUGGUCUUUACCACAAUACAAUAGUAGUAAAUACGAAUCAGUCAUAGCACAUGAAAAUAAAAAGGGGUCAAGUUGUAACUGGUCAGAAUACAUGAUUAAAAAAAAAAAAAAAAAAAAGUUAUCAGUGGGCAUUUGUGAAGCAAUACCACUUAAUGAGGGGAAAUUUUCUCUUCGUGGAAAUAUUAUUUUUCGGGAAAGAGCACCUCAAUCGGCAUCAAGUAAAAUAGCAAAAAAAAAAAAAAAAAAAGAAAAAGAGAAGAAAACAAAUGAAAAAGAAAAUAAAAAAGAUAACAAAAAUGAAAAUAAAAACUACGAUGGUAGUAAUAAUAGUAAUAAAAAUGGUGGUAGUAAUGGUAAAAAUAUUAGCAAUAACUUAAAAUCAGUGUCUCCCUCUGCCUCUUCUCUACAAACAGAGGAUGAAACGACAUUAUUUAACUCCGAAAAAGAUUAUCACUAUAUAAAGAACAUGGAUGAUACCAACAAAAAUGAGAAGAAAGAUACCCCAGGUAAAGAAGUGAAUCUACUUCAACAUAAACAUUAUCACUUAGCUUCAGAAAGGAAACAACUAUUAAAAAAUUCAAAUGAAAAUUACUACCAACUGCUUAACAUGGGUGGUAAUAAUGAGGACACAACAUCUUUGAAUGAUAACAACGAAUUUUCGCUUAGCGAUGUUGAAAAGAUUGAAAAGAGCUCCCAUCAAAUUUGGAAAAGAUCACUACAGCAUAAAAAGAAGGCAUUUCUCUUUUACCUAUAG